ACGGAAUGGUUCAGCAGUGACUCUCCAGUUGCGGAGAGGAGCGCACAGCGGAGGGCUGACACACCAAACUCCACCGGACUUUUUCUCCGUUUCCUCUGCCAGUUGUCGCUUUGAUCUGAAUGUGACUCGGUGGACGGAGUGAGCGAAAACAUGGAGCGACAGCGGCUUUCUUUACUCUUACGAGGAACUCUAUCUAUCCUUUUCGUAGCCGUGCUACUGGAGCCGGGGACAGUAGCCGGCAUGCUCCCGCAGCCCAUCAUGAGUCAUCUGUGCAAGUUCUGUGACUUGGAGCCUUCGUCCUGUAACGGCACCGGGACCUGUCUGUCCAACUGCUCCAUCACCUCCAUCUGCAUGGAGAAGAAGGAGGUCUGUGUCGCGAUCUGGAGGAAAAACGAGAGCAGUUACACAGUGGAGACUCUUUGCCACGACCCGUCCAAGCCGCUGUACGGCGUUCUGUUGGACGACUACAACAGCUCCACCUGUGUGAUGAGGGAGAAAAACACGACGAGCGGCCUGGCCCACUUCUGCUCCUGCACCGAAGAGGAGUGCAACGACAAACUGUCCUUCUCCCCCAUUGUGGAUCCAACUCCGGAGGAUCCAGUGGUCUCGGUGAUCCUGGUGAGCUUACUGCCUCUCCUGUUGCUUGCGGUCGUGGUUGCAGCCAUGUUCUACUGGUACCGCGUGUACCGCCGUCGCAUGCUCAACCAAGAAUGGGAGAGCAGCAAUAAGAAGCGCAAGGCCAAGGCAGGUGGGUUGGACUGCAGCGAUGCCUGUGCCAUCAUGAUGGACGACGAUGGGUCUGAUAGCAGCUCGACCCACGCCAACAACCUGAACCACAACACUGAGCCGCUGCCUAUAGAGCUGGAUCUGCAGGUGGGAAAGGGUCGCUUCGCCCAGGUGUACAAGGCUAAGCUGAAGCAGAGCACGUCAGAUCAGUUUGAAACGGUGGCGGUGAAGAUCUUCCCGUAUGAGGAGUACGCCUCCUGGAAGAACGAGAAGGACAUCUUCUCCGACACGGACCUCAGACAUGAGAACAUUCUUCACUUCCUGACAGCUGAAGAGAGGAAGCUGGAAAAGCAGUACUGGCUUAUCACCGCCUUCCACCACAGAGGGAAUCUACAGGAGUAUCUGACACGUCAUGUGAUCAGCUGGGAGGACCUUCGGGUGCUGGGCAGCUCUCUGGCCCGGGGUGUCGCCCACCUCCACAGCGACCACCUCCCCUGUGGACGCCCUAAGGUGCCCAUAGUCCACCGGGACCUGAAGAGCUCCAACAUCCUGGUGAAGAACGACCUGACGUGCUGCCUGUGCGACUUCGGCCUGGGACUCCGGCUGGACAACUCGCUGUCUGUCGACGACCUCGCCAACAGUGGACAGGUGGGCACAGCUCGCUACAUGGCUCCGGAGGUGCUGGAGUCUAGACUGAACCUGGAGAACAUCGAGUCCUUCAAACAGACUGACGUUUACUCCAUGGCCCUGGUACUGUGGGAGAUGACAUCUAGGUGUGAAGCUAUUGGAGAGGUGAAGGACUACGAGCCUCCAUUUGGCUCCAAAGUGCGAGAGCACCCCUGUGUGGAGAGCAUGAAGGACAACGUCCUGAGAGACCGAGGGAGACCGGACAUCCCCAACACCUGGCUCAGCCAUCAGGGCAUAGCGGUGAUGUGUGCCACCAUCAAGGAGUGCUGGGACCACGACCCUGAGGCCCGACUCACCGCCCACUGUGUGGCUGAACGCCUCGCCGAGGUGGAGGACGAGAUCGACAAACUGUCCAGCCGCAGCUCCUCAGCAGAGAAGAUUCCUGAAGAGCUGAAAAUCCCGUCAGAGGAGGAGAUCAUAGCAGAAGAAGUGAAAGACAUUACACCCACUUUUACAUUUGCUUUUAUGGAAUCUGGGUGAACGUAACAACAAGGGCACUUAUUUCACCGUUAUGGGAUGGAAGACAGAAACCUCAGCAGUGAGGUUCAGCUGAUUGUUAUAGGAAGCCACAGGAGCUGAGCUCCUGCAUCCCAGGACUUGGAGCCAGGUAGAGAGGAGUCACAGUGCCACAACUAACAAACAGGUUUUUAAGGUAUAAUAGUUGAGCUAUGCUUUUGGACUCCACAGCUUCAAGAAUACCAAAGUACCACCCCAUGUUACAACAGCUGAAAAGCUAUAGAGCCAAAAAAUAUUUAAUAAGUGAACAUAAACUGGAAGCUUCCAAAGAUGUGCAAAGCGUGUUGACAGUAUUCACAGAGUCAGGCCGGCUUCUCUUUCAACCAAAGGUCAUUCUCUUUCUUAGAGAAACUCAACAGGGCAAUAACCAUUUAAACCAAAAACAUUUGACUUGCACUUUACCUUGGGAUACUUAUGCAUUGAUUUUCUUUUUAUAUGCUCAUGUAUUGUAAAAUGGGUGAGGUUGGGUUGAGGAAUGGAUUUGCCUCAUUGUGCCUUUGUGUGUAAUGACCUUGAGCCAAAAUGUAAGAGAUGUUGCCGUAACACUAAUGAUGCUGUGGACUCCCUCCUCAAACAGCAGGAAUUCAUUCGAAUGUGUGUAUGUGUGUCUUUGCGUAUGCGUGUGUGUAUGUGUGUGUGUUUGCUUAAGGUAUGCAUCAAUUUAUGUGUGUAUCUUUGCGUGGAUGUGUGUGUGUGUGUGUGUGUGCUGUUUUUAUAUAGUUACAGUUUAAACUUGUUUGCCAAAUAAACAAGCACAAUGUAAAUAAAGACAAUAACUGUACAUAAAAGAGACACAUCAACCAAAAGGGAAAGUAAUCCUACUACUUAACUUUGAAUGCAGAUAUGAAAAGUUUUCACAGAGACAUGUUUUUGUUGUUGUUGUUGUUGUUUGGUUGGUUGGUUUUUUUUAAAUGUGGUUUUGUUUUCUGGUUAUUACCAUCACCUGAAAACUGAGGAUUGUGCCAAAGAUCUUUUACCCUGCCUUGCAUAUGUGUAAUAUGUAAAAUAUUGUAAAUCUUUUAUGAAUUAAAGAUAUUUCUGUAUU